AUGACGGUGGUUGGCAGUUGUUCAAAUCGAUGGUGGUCCGUGGUGGUUCAGAUGGAGGUGGUCACUGGUGGUUCUGAUGGACGGUUGUUUAGAUUGGCGGUGGCGACGGUGGUUGUUCAAAUCGUUGGUGGUCGGUGGUGUCCGACGGUUAUUCAGAUCUGUGGUAGUCGUCGGUGGUCGGCAAUGGUUCAGGUCAGUAGUGGUCCAUGGUGCUUCAGGUGGUGGUGGUCGGAUGUGGUUCAGAUCGGCGGUGGUUCAUAUUGGUGGUUGCUCAUAUUAGUCAUGGUCGGUUGUGGUUCAGAUCGGUGGUGGCUGGUGAUCGACAGUGGAUCAGAUCGACAGUGGCCGGCGGUGCUUCAGAUUGGUGGUUCAAACCGGUGGUGGUCGACGGUGGUUUAG